AUGACUUUAGAUGAAGUCCCAAACCAGUCAACGGAUCGCGCCUUUGACGCUGUACCAUCCAUGGCACAGAGUUCACGAGCCACGAUUACAUUGUUGAUCGUAUGCGCAAAUACUAUCCAGUUCAUUUCAAACUCCAUAACCUUUACGGGAGGUCUUUCAAUCACUCAAGAUCUCGGCGGAAAGGCUGGACCCGGCCAGGCGAACUGGAUGCCUGCAUCUUAUCCUCUCACUCAGAGUGCAUUCGUGCUCAUAACUGGACGACUCGGAGCGAUUUAUGGUCACAAACGUCUUACCAUCCUUGGUUGCUGCAUAUUUGGUGUCUUCUCCUUGGUGAAUGCUUUCUGCACCAAUUACGAAGCUUUCAUAGCGGCUCGAGCUCUCACUGGGGUGGGCGGCGGCAUCUUCAUGCCGAAUGCGGUGUCCAUGAUCACCGUUAUGAUCCCCCCAGGUCGAUCGCGCAACCUGUUCCUCGGUUUCUUUGCGGCGUCUCCUCCUCUUGGGGGCUCGCUUGGGGCCAUGCUCACUGGUGUAUUCAUCGACUCAGUUGGUUGGAAAUGGCUCUUUGUUCUGAUUGGAAUAUUGACAGCCAUAAUAACUGUAUGGCUUAUGCUCAUCACGCCUAAAGAGACUCCUAUCGAUGAGCAAGGCAGGAUCGACUACAUUGGCGCAUUUUCCGGACUGGGUAGCCUGUUGAUUUUUAAUAUUGUGUGCAAUCAAGCGCCAUCAGUCGGUUGGUCAGCACCAUCCGUGAUAGGCUGCCUCUCUGCGACGGCGGUCUUAUUUGGCGCGUUUCUCAUCUGGGAGAAGAAGUUUUUAAAGGAACCAAUUAUGCCUCUUAGCAUAUUUAAAGCCCCAUCUUUCUCGGCACUGCUAUGCGUUGUCUUGCUUAGCUACAUGGGUUUUGGCAUAGCAAUCUGGUACUCGAUAUCCUGGAUGCAGGUUUUCAGAAACACGUCCGUUCUUCAGACGGGGAUCAACUUCAUCCCCUUUGGAAUUGCUUCACUCAUAGCCGUGUUCCUCACGGCCUGGCUUGUAUCCCGAGUAUCUGCUCAAUGGAUCAUGGCCGUUGGUGUGGGUGUGAUUCUCGUGGCCAGCAUCCUUCUUGCGACAAUGCCAGAACAACAAACAUAUUGGGCGCAAGUCUUCCCAGCCAUGGUGCUAACGGGGUUUUGUCCUGAUCUAGUCUUCGUAGCAGCGCAGGUUAUCGCCAGCAAUAGCGUGAACCGUCGCCAGCAAGGUGUGGCCAGUAGUUUGGUGGGCACCUUGAAUCUGUACGGCAAUAGUCUAGGGCUUGGGAUUGCUGCCAUUAUCGAGACGGAGGUUGAUAAAAAAGGCGCAGAAGCAACCAGCGGCUACAGAGCUGCCUUAUAUUUCUCCGCAGGAAUUGCACUCGUCGGCUUGUGUUUAGAUAUUUGCUUUGUGAGGGUGCCAAAAAUUGAUCACAAUGGCUGGGACGAUGAUGGAGUUGCAGAAACCGAAGGAAAUAGGUUAGAGGCGACCUCUACGGCUCUUUCGCUGUAG